ACCGACCCUCGUACCCGACCUGCCCGGAGUCCCUUCUGAGCAUGCGCGAAGCGGGUCGUUCGAAGGCGCGUCUGGCUCCGAACCGGCGGGGAAGGGGAUCGCGGAGCCAGGUGGCUGCGCAUGCGCCGUCGGCGCCCGAGCGCCUCAGCGCGGGGGGAGUCGAGGCUUAAAUACAAAGUGAAUAAGAAUGUCAAUAGUCACAGUCCAGCUUGGUCAGUGUGGUAAUCAAAUUGGUCAUGAGGUGUUUAAUGCUAUCUGCAGUGAUGUCCAUGGCACACAUGGGUUGUGUUCCAAGAAGGAGAAUGAAUCCUACCAUGAUGCUUGCAAAGAACGUUUUUUCUGUGAGGAGGAAUCUGAAGUACCUGUUGCCCGGGCUGUGCUUGUUGACAUGGAACCUAAAGUAAUCAGCCAAACCUUAUCAAUGGCUGCCAGGUCUGGCUACUGGAAAUACGAUGACCGGUCACACUUCUGUCAGAAGCAAGGGUCAGGGAACAACUGGGCAAAUGGUUAUUCUGUUCACGGGCCUAGACACAAAGAAGUAAUAAUGAAUUUGGUGCAAAAAGAAGCAGAGAAAUGUGAUCGACUCGGUGGAUUUUUCACAAUAAUGAGCAUGGCUGGUGGUACAGGAUCUGGCUUGGGCGCAUAUGUGACCCAAUGUUUAAGAGAUGCUUUUCCAACCUCAUUUAUAUUAAACCAUGUUAUCUGGCCCUACGGCACUGGUGAGAUCAUUGUUCAAAACUACAACUCUGUUUUGACUCUGUCACAUCUGUACCAGUCAUCAGAUGCCCUUCUUGUUCAUGAAAAUGAUGUCAUCCACAAGAUCUGUGCUCAGCUGAUGAAUAUUAAACAGAUCUCCUUCAGGGAUGUAAAUCAAGUCAUUGCACAUCAACUGGGGAGUGUUUUCCAGCCCACUUACACAGCAGAAGGUGGCUUACACUAUAGCAGAAACCCGUUAGGAGACUUAAUGGAGAUGUUAGUUCCACAUCCCGAAUUCAAGAUGUUGGGUCUUCGUAACAUACCUCAGAUGCCUGAAAACUCCCUCGCUUAUAGCACAUUCAGUUGGCCUGGACUCAUCAAGCAUUUAAGGCAGAUGCUCAUUGCUAAUGCUAAAAUGGAGGAAGGUAUUGAUUGGCAAGUACGACCACCACGUCUAGGCUCCUCCAUCCCCUCCAGUCAUUCCACAAACAAGCCACUGCAGUUCAAUACUUCCAUUGCCAACCUGGUUAUCCUGCGAGGAAAAGAUAUGCACAGUGUAGACUUAGGAAGUUUCCAAGAUCCCUCAUUAUAUACAUCAUGGCUAAACCCUCAGGAUGCUUUUAACGUGUGGAAAACACCACGAGCAUUUAACAAGUAUGAAAAGUCUGCUUCUUUGGUCAGCAAUAGCCAGUUCCUGCUGAAACCUCUUGACAAUGUUGUAGGAAAAGCUUGGAAUAUGUUUGCUUCCAAAGCCUAUAUUCACCAGUACACUAAAUUCGGAAUCGAAGAGGAAGAUUUCCUGGACAGCUUCACAGCUCUGGAACAAGUUAUCUCCAGUUACACCAUCCUGUGA